AUGGAGGCCCCGCUCCCUGGUCUCUCCCUGCUUCUGGUCCUCCUGGCAGUGCGGUGGGGAAUCGGGGCGUUUGCGGCCUGGGCAACGUCUGCCGGUGGCUGCGAGCUCGUGCAGAGCACCACGGACUGCACUGGGAGAUGGCUGAGCUCCAUCCCAGGAAAUCUUCGAGGUGAUACCGAGGAGCUUUUGCUUGAUGGCAACACUAUCCAGGUUCUGGGCAGUGCCUCUCUGCUCUCCUACCACCAGCUGCGGUGUCUCAGCUUGACCAAGAACCGGCUGGAGCUCAUCGAGCCCGGCACCUUCCUCAGCAGCCAAGGCCUCCAUGUGCUCUCCUUGGCAGACAACGUCCUCUGCACUAACUACUCGCUGACAGCAGCUGCUCUUUCUGCUCUGCCAGCCUUGAGGACCCUGGAUCUAGCUGGAAACCGCCUCACUGAGGACAUGGUAUCAGUUUUGGUCUGGAACCUGUCUUCCUUGGAGUCCUUGUCCGUGGCCAGGAACAUCAUCAUGAGGCUGGACUCGUCUGUCUUCACAAACCUGACACAGCUGUUGGAGCUGAACCUGGAGAGGAACUACAUCUUUGAGAUUGACCAAGCUUUUGAAGGGCUGCAGAGGCUGCAGAGGCUCAACAUAGCUUACAACUACCUCCCGUGCGUAGUGGAAUUUGGCCUGACCCAGCUCAGGGUGCUCAAUGUCAGCAACAACAUCAUCGAGUGGUUUCUGGCCCUGGAAACUGAUGACCUCUUUGAGCUGGAGGUGCUGGACCUGUCCCAUAACCGCCUCCUCUUCUUCCCCGUGUUGCCCCGGCAGAGCAAGCUGCACUCCUUGCUGCUGAAGGACAACGAGAUGAGCUUCUACCAGCGCCUCCCCAACGGCACAUCCCUGGCAGAUGUCACGGUGCAGUUCCUGCUCAUUGAUGGCAAUUCCACCAACAUCACAACGGUCAGCCUCUGGGAUGAGAUCUGCCACAGCAACCUCUCCUCCCUGCGCCUCCUGGACAUGAGCCAGAACCAGGUCUGGUACCUGCCAGAGGGCUUCCUGGCCCAGAUGCCCUCCCUGACCCACCUGAAGCUCAACCAGAACUGCCUGGAGACGUUUGACCUGUCGGAGGGGGAUCCCUUAGCCAUGCUGACGGAGCUGGACCUCAGCCAGAACCGGCUGGCAGAGCUGGGGGCGGAGGUGGGCACCGGGGAUAUCCUGCCCAACCUGCAGCUCUUCAACCUCAGCACCAACAGGCUGCGGGCACUUCCUCCUGGGGUUUUCACCUACACCAGGAAGAUCGCUACCGUGGACCUCAGCCACAACCGGGUCGACCUCUGUCCCCAGCCAGCUGUUGCAGGCGAGGCGGAGAGUCCCCCCUGCGUGGACAUCAGGGGUGUCGAGACCUUGACUCAUCUCUCCUUAGCCGGCUGUGGUCUGCGGGGACUGGGUGGCCACCCUUUCCAGGGGACGUCACUGAUGCAUUUGGACCUCUCCGACAACCAUCAGGCGCUGUCUGGGGACCUGGAAUGGCUGCAGGACCUUGCUCUGACGCUGCAGGUGUUGUCUCUGAGGAACACCAGCCUCUCCUCCACUGCUGUGGACUUCUCUGCCUUCAACAGUCUCGUGCGCUUGGAUGUGUCAGGCAACUCCUUGACCGCCUUCCCCACCUCGCUGGGAGUCCUGAAACUGCACAGCCUGGACGUGCGGGACAACUGCCUCCCGGCUCUGCCGCCAGACGUUGCGCAGACACCACUGGGGAAGACCCUGCGGGAGGUCUACCUCAGCCGAAACCCCUACAACUGCUGCACGCUGGGCUGGUGGGACGCCCUCCUGCGGGCCGAGGGGCUACUCGUCCCUGAUGCGCAGGAGGUGACCUGCAGCUAUGCUGCCCGCACGGUGAGCCCCAGGGCGCUGCCGGAGCCUGUCCUGAAAAAAAAACCCAUCUACCUGGUGCUGGCUCGGCCCACCUGCCUCACGCUCCUGGUGGCCUUCGCUGUCGUCUUCCUCACACUCAAGCAAAAGCUGCUGAAAAUGGUGAAGAGCCGGUGCGGGCUGUCCAGUCCUUACUGA